CCGCGGCUUCGGCUCGGGCUCGGUGGCACCGCGGUGUGCGCCUCCUUCGCGGUGUCCUCUUCCGCGCAGCUUAGCUUGGACGCCCGCCGCCGGCAUGGAGACUCGCUGCGUGCGGGAAAAGGGACUCAGAGUAAAGAACGUAAAGAAAUUCAGAUAUAUGAAGUUGAUUUCCAUGGAAACGUCGUCAUCCUCUGAUGACAGUUGUGACAGCUUUGCUUCUGAUAAUUUUGCAAACACGAGACCACAGGCAGCCCAUGAGGGCUGCAGGACCCGCAGCCAGGGCAGACGCACGGGCCCUCUGCAGGGCAGAUCCUCGGGCCCUCUCCGGGUGGCCAUGAAGUUUCCGGUCCGGGUGCGCAGUGCCAGGGGAGCAGCUAACACAAAAGCCGCGCCCCCCGCCCCCCCCCAGCCCUCGGACAGUUCUGCCGCCAGUUCCAACUCAGAUUCAGAAGAUGAAAGCGGCAUGAACUUUCUGGAGAAAAGGGCCUUAAAUAUAAAGCAAAACAAAGCCAUGCUUGCAAAACUCAUGUCAGAAUUAGGAAGUUUUCCUGGCUCCUUCUCUGGAAGACCUCUCCCGGGCCCCAGAUCAGUAAGUUCCAAGAAGCCUCGAAGGCGGACCUUCCCAGGUGUGGCUUCCAGGAGGAACCCUGAGCGGAGGGCCCGGCCGCUGACCAGGUCCAGGUCUCGGAUCCUGGGGUCCCUUAGUGCUCUCCCCACUGAGGAGGAGGAAGAGGAGGAGGACGACAAGUACAUGCUUGAUGAUGACAUCCCCAGAGGUCGCCGCCCAGGAUCCAUGACCCUUCCACAUAUAGUUCGCCCAGUGGAAGAAAUCACAGAGGAUGAGUUGGAGAAUAUCUGUAGCAAUUCCCGAGAGAAGAUCUACAACCGCUCACUGGGCUCUACUUGUCAUCAGUGCCGUCAGAAAACUAUUGAUACCAAAACAAACUGCAGAAACCCGGAGUGCUGGGGCAUUCGAGGCCAGUUCUGUGGCUCCUGUCUUCGAAAUUGCUAUGGCGAGGAUGUCAGGGAUGCAUUGCUGGACCCGGACUGGCACUGCCCACCGUGUCGAGGGAUCUGUAAUUGCAGUUUCUGCCGCCAGCGAGAUGGACGGUGUGCAACUGGGGUCCUUGUGUACUUAGCCAAGUACCAUGGCUUUGGGAAUGUGCAUGCUUACUUGAAGAGUCUGAAACAGGAGUUUGAAAUGCAAGUACGUGAUACCUAGAAGACUGGCCGCC